GCGAGUGGCUUUAGUUGCCCCCUUUUAGUUAGCCGCUUAGCUCGGCGUUGCUAUGAGGUUCGUUUCUGCGUCGUUGUUUGUUGUUUUAUUCGUUUAUCUGUCAUAAUUCGCCAUCAUGGCCGAGAAGUUUGAUAAUCUGGAAGAACAUCUUGAGAAAUUCAUCGAAAACAUACGACAGCUGGGGAUCAUAGUGAGCGAUUUUCAGCCCAGCAGCCAAACUGUGCUCAACCAGAAGCUGAACUUCAUGAUCACAGGACUGCAGGACGUUGAGAAAUGUCGACAGCAGCUUAACGAUAUCCACGUACCUUUGGAAGCUUUUGAAUACAUCGAUCAGGGCCGCAACCCUCAGCUGUACACUAAAGAGUGCCUGGAACGAGCCUUGGCUAAAAAUGAGCAAGUGAAGGGAAAGAUUGACACCAUGACAAAAUUUAAAAGUCUCCUCAUCGCUGAGCUGGGGAAGGUUUUUCCAGAAGAAAUGGCCAAAUAUAAAGCCAUCCAUGGAGAUGACCCUCCUUCAUAGACACACGCGCCAUUUUAGCAGCAGUAUUAAAGUUGUACAUAUGCUGAGAGUCACGUUUUGUAAGAUUCAAAGCCUCCAGGUUGUUUUGCGUUUUUACGUCUGUUUGCCUUUGUAUUUCGUGAAGAUAUUCCUGUUGCUUCAAAAGGUGUGAUGUUUUGUUUUCCACCUAGAAGUUUCGUUUUUGUGUGAUAGAUUCUUUCUGGUCAUGUUUUUUUUUUUUUUUUU